AUGGGUGGCAGGGUGCCUCUGUCAGCUCGUUCCAUGCGAUCAUGUAUCUCAACGCUGCGCCAAUGCCGACCUUAUAGCAAGGGCUUCACAUCACCAUGGCUUCCACGGAAUUGCCAUGGUGAUCCCGUCACGUACCACCCCCAACCGUCCGGGAUCAGACCCUCCAGCCCUGUCCCGCUGGUCCAGAGGAGCCAUGCGAGUACGGCGAAGGCGACAACCAGCGACCUGGAGCGCCGCAUUGCCGCGAUCCCGAUAUCCCGGUUCCGCAACUUUUGCAUCGUUGCGCACAUUGACCACGGCAAAUCGACGCUAUCCGACCGUCUCCUCGAGAUCACCGGGACCAUAUCCUCGACGUCCAGCAACAAGCAGAUCCUCGACACCCUCGAGGUCGAGCGCGAGCGUGGCAUCACCGUCAAGGCGCAAACCUGCACCAUGAUCUACAACCACAAAGGGGAGGACUACCUGCUGCAUCUUGUCGACACUCCCGGCCAUGUCGAUUUCAGGGCCGAAGUCACACGGAGUUACGCGAGCUGCGGUGGUGCCCUGCUCCUCGUCGACGCCAGCCAAGGAGUGCAGGCCCAGACGGUCGCCAACUUCUACCUGGCAUUCGCAGAAGGGCUAAAGAUCCUCCCGGUGGUGAACAAGAUCGACAUGAACGCGGCUGACGUUCCCCGGGUCCUCGAGCAGCUCGAGUCGACUUUUGAGCUCGACUCGAGCAAGGCCAUUGGUGUCAGUGCGAAGACUGGGCUCAACGUAAAGCAGCUCCUUCCAGCCAUUGUUGAGAAUAUUCCAGCGCCCGAGGGCGACGAGACGAAACCCCUGCGGAUGCUGCUGGUCGACUCGUGGUACGACAGCUUUCGCGGCGUCAUAUGCCUUGUGCGAAUUUUCGAUGGCACUGUCAGACCGGGCGACAACUUGGUCAGUUUUGCUACCGGGAACAAGUACACGGUAGGAGAAGUCGGGAUCAGGCACCCGAUCCAGACACCGCAGACGGUCUUGAGAGCCGGUCAGGUGGGGUACAUCUUCUUCAACCCGGGUAUGAAGAAGAUCAAGGAUGCCAAAAUCGGAGACACCUUCACGACGGUGGGCUCAGAGGACAUUGUCGAUCCAUACCCGGGCUUCGAGGAACCAAAACCUAUGGUCUUUGUCGCCGCAUUCCCAACGGACCCCGGUGACUAUCAGCGUCUUUCCGACAGCAUUGGGCAGCUCGUCCUGAACGACCGUAGCGUUACGCUUCUCAAAGACCAUUCAGAGGCACUUGGAGCAGGCUGGCGGAUAGGUUUCCUUGGGAGUCUCCACUGCUCCGUCUUCCAAGACCGUCUACGGCAAGAGCACGGUGCAAGCAUCAUCAUCACGGAGCCCGCCGUUCAGUUCAAGGUCGUGUGGCGAGAUGGCACGGAGAGUAUCCUUCAGAACCCAAACGAGUUCCCCGAGCCUGAAGACAACAAGCUACGUGGCGCAACAUGCUACGAGCCUUAUGUCCUGGCCACCAUGACGUUACCCGAGGAGUAUCUUGGUCGCGCGAUUGAGCUGUGCGAGGCUAAUCGCGGUGAGCAGGAGAGCAUCGAGUUCUUCCACGGCAUGCAGGUCAUUUUGAAGUACCGCAUUCCAACCGCUCAGCUCGUUGAUGACCUCUUCGGUAAACUGAAAGGGGCCACCAAAGGUUACGCGACGCUGGACUACGAAGACGCUGGGUGGAAGCAGUCUUCCCUGGUCAAGCUCCAGCUUCUGGUUAACAAGGAACCAGUAGAUGUUAUCAGUCGCGUCGUCCACUCCUCGCAGGUUGACCGCCUCGGUAGGCAGUGGGUCACCAAAUUCAAGGAGCAUGUCCAACGACAGAUGUUCGAGGUCGUAAUACAGGCGGCGGUUGGACGGAAGAUCGUCGCAAGAGAGACAUUGAAGCCCUUCAGAAAGGAUGUGCUCGCCAAGCUUCAUGCAAGCGAUAUCACGAGACGUAAGAAGUUGCUGGAGAAGCAAAAAGAGGGUCGCAAGAAGCUGAGGGCUGUUGGAAACGUCGUUAUCGAGCAGGAAGCGUUCCAACGAUUUUUGGCUAAGUAG